GCACCGUGACAAAAGCACGCGCGUGCGCUCGCAGGGUCGUCGACGUCACGUACGUCUAUGUGUGUAUACAUAAUAAACAGUAACCUAGCUAUACUGAACCCUGCGAACGCUUGAUAGUUUACUUUUAUCGAAUAUACAUCGUUGGAAUAUCCCCUCGGGCCGUAUAGAGCGUGAGCUGGACAGGCCUUUACUAACUACUAUCUCGCUACUGACGACACCUUUACAAGGAUGGAAGUCGUGACGAAAAAUCUCACGGGCGAUGUGACGAUCGGCAAUGUCAGCGACGUCGUUGAAGAGUUGAUGCUGCUGAGACAACAGGUGGCGCUGCUGGAGUCGGCACACGCGAUCCUUGCCAAGAACACCGACAUCUUCUUCAUACUAAUAAAUUCAAUGUUUGUGUUUUUCAUGCAGUGCGGCUUUGCCUUUCUGGAGUGUGGAGCCGUGCGAAGCAAGAACACCACAAACAUCCUCAUCAAGAAUAUGGUAGACGUGUUUGUAGCCGGCAUCUGCUACUGGGCUGUCGGAUACUCGUUCGCGUUCGGCGAGGGCAACAGCUUCAUAGGUCACACGUACUUCUUCAGCGGCCUCAACGGCAUGAUACCGAACCCCGACUACGCGCUCUGGCUGUGGCACUUCGUCUUCGCGGCGACUGCCGCCACUAUCGUGUCCGGCGCUGUGGCGGAGCGAUGCUCCUUCGAGGCCUACCUCGUCUACAGCUCUCUAAUCACAGCGUUUAUCUACCCGGUUGUCACUCACUGGGCGUGGGCUCCUGAAGGAUGGCUCCUCGUCGGACUGGACGAUGGAGCGAUUACCUUCGCCGACUUCGCAGGAAGCGGGGUCGUUCAUCUUCUGGGAGGAACCUGCGCGUUCGCGGGCGCCGUCAUCCUCGGUCCACGUAAAGGCCGGUUCACUGCUGACCGCACGCCGGUGCCUAUCAGAGGUCACUCUGUUCCGUUAGCAGCACUUGGCGGGUUCAUACUGCUCCUCGGCUUUUUGGCCUUCAAUGGAGGAUCGCUGAUAAGCAUGUCAAAGGAAGGCGACGGUGAAAUCGUGUCAAGAGUCAUGGUUAACACGGUGAUCAGUGGAAGCUUCGCAGCAGCUACUGUUCUUAUCGUUAACAAGUUGAUCAUGCAGCAUAGAUGGAGCAUCCUCAUCACACUCAACGGCGCACUCGCAGGCAUGGUUGCCGCCUGCGCCGGAUGCAACGUUUAUUGGCCAUGGGCAUCUGCCGUCGUUGGGACGUUUGCAGGAUUCGGUUAUUUAAUGUGGAGCGCCAUCAUGCUCAAGCUCCUGAAAAUAGACGACCCAUUGGAUGCUGUGGCCGUGCACGCUGGUGGCGGACUGUGGGGGCUCAUCGCCGCGCCCCUAUUCAGCAACAACGGAGGAAUCGUGUACGAGUGGAGCAGAGCAUCCUUCAAGGCACUGGGAUGGAACAUGGUCGGUGCGGUUGCUAUCGCCGCUUGGAGCGGCGUUUUGUGUUUUAUCAUUUUUGGAAGCAUGCGUCUGCUUGGAUUUCUGAGAGUCAGCGACGAGAUCGAGUUCAAGGGACUGGACAUACCAAAGCACGGCGAGCCAGCCUAUCCCGUCGAGGCUUAUGGACACGGAUGGGAUGAUAGCGUCCAGGAUGUUUUCGACAUGUUCGUGACGGCAACAGCAGGCGACACGGCCGUUCCCGGAGUGCCGGCAGCAGAAAUCAUGAAAAAGAUCACACAGAGCUACAACAUGGCGGAUCCUAUGCCGACACGACGCAGACAGCAGCGCUUUGAGAACGCUGAGGCACAGUACCAUUACAACCGUGCGUUCGACACCAUCGGCGAACAUGAAGGCAACCACGCUGGCAACCACGCUGGCAACCACACUGGCAACCACGCUGGCAACCGCACUGUCAACCACGCUGGCAACAACGACGAUGAAGCGCUAAAAACAUGCGUAGCUAGUACAAACUUCUAAUAAUUAAAAUUAAAAUUAUAUAUAUAAUAUAUAUAUAAUAUAUAUAUAUAUAUAUAUAUAUAUAUAUAUAUAGAAAAACACGAGUAUUUAACUGUAUAUUAAUUAUAGCGUUAUUAAUACUAGCAAUUUAAUCAAAAUGGUAUCAUCAUGAAUAGUUCUUUCUACGCGAAUUCGUCAUAGGAAAACAUGGCAAGCAUAUUAAUAUCAAGAGUACGCAAUAGAGAUGACUAGAUGAUAGACAUCUCUAUUAUGUACUCUUGUAAAUAUUAUUUUACGCGCCGAUAUAUCAGAUGUGACACAUUAUUAUAGGUCAUCGACAGAUGGUCACGUAUGUACGUGCAAGUGUAUGCUGAACGUCAACGAAACACGAGAUACCUAUAAUUAUGUUACCAAGAGUCAAUACUAGAGAGUCUAUUGUGGACUCUUGAUGUUACGUAGGGCCAUGUUUCAUAAUAGUUACAUGAACCGGAAUAAUAUUUGUGAGGGGUCGUACGAGACAUCAAUAAGAGGCAAUAUGUGGAAUAAUUAGUGAGAAGACGUGCGGAAUGAGAAAUGGAGAUUCACGUUUCACAUCGCGAUCAGGCCACACAGUGAAAAAGCCGCUGUUGCAUCGCUUAUCAGUGCAUGUGUAGGCGUAAUCACACAGGGAGCGAUGGGGGCCAUAGAAAUAUAUAGACCCCCCUAUAUAGAACCCCCUAUUAACUACUCCUGAUAUAUAUAUAUAUAUAUAUAUAUAUAUAUAGUCUAACUACCAUAUUAUUUCUGUGAAUGCAACGCACGACGAUCAAUAAAACCGAAAACGAUGUUACCGAAAUAGCAGAAGCGUCGCCAAGAAGCCUACUGACAUUUUAUACGUCGUUAGUAGGAUAAUCAGAUAAUGAGCGUGUGAUGUUGUCGUGAUUCGUUAUCUACGAAAUUACCGCAUCACGCUUGUUAGUAACUGACGAUUACGAGAGAAUAAUGACUGAGCCUCUUGUGUCCUACGGAUUUUACCACCCAUGUGUUGUUACCGUAUGCUACAGAGAUAACAAGAUAGAGACAAGAAGAUGAGAAUUAUUAAACACUAACAGUGCCGGUACUCUGUGGUUGGUAUGCACAUUAAACUUGACUAAGUCAUGUCAAGCCAAUGGGACUUUUACGUAGCUCUACUCAAUACACCCCGAGAAUUUUAACACAAACCAAAUUUGAUAUUAGUAUAUUUUGAACGUUUAUUUUUACUGCACUUGUAAAUAUGGUGGUUGAACAUGACGAGGCAAUUGGUGUGGCGCCUCGAAGUAAGAACGCAAUAAUUACAUUGAUGUCACCGUGGAUUGAGUUUCACACAGUCCAUCUACAUAUGUACUAGCUCAAAAAAAACCUUUGGUGUUAUUAAUCGAAAUGGUAUUCAACAAAACGUGCAUACGCACGAAAUCUUCUAAAUGAAGUUUUCCGCAAGUUACAUUGUCAGGUUCAACAGCGCAUCUUUGUUUCUGUUCACAUCUCACAUGUCGCCAUUUUGACUUUUAACUGUUUAAACUCGCAGCUUUCUUCUUUUACCCGUACAAGAGAUGCCUAUGCCAACUAUUAUUUGUAUUUACCUACGUGAAUACGUUUAAAUAAAAUACACUGCAAGUCUGUAAGAUAUCA